CAACCGGCCAGAUGCGAGUCCGUUGGUACCGUAAUUAAUUUCAGGGGCCUGAUUAUCAAAAGACAAAAAAAACAAAAUACAAAUCAAAGCGUGUACAGUUUUGGUUUCUUCUGCAGUUGUUUGGCACGCUUAAUGAUCUGGAUUUUUUCAAUUCGGUGUUACUAGUUCCGAUGAUCGCAUGGGACAUGCGCUAUCGAGCUCCCACCAACACAAUUAUCUUACUGAUUGAAGCCAACACAUUUGUAUUCCAACGAGCGUCAUCACUAAGCUUAAGGCGAGACUCGUCCGUACUCCUUGAUUUCCCGCGAGCUGUAAACCCAGCUCUGUAUAGCUAGGCCAGUCCAGCACUACGUAACCAGUCUGUGCUUGCUUCACUUUCUUGUGCUACCCCUUCAUGGAAUAGUCGGAAAACGAGUUCCCAUAAAAACGAGAAAAGGCUCGUGCGCCAAGGCAGAUGUGCUUCGUCUUCCACAGAAACUCGACGCGACAGACGGAUCGAUUCUCUCAAGCAAGAUAUCGCAUCACGGUCGUGAAUAGAACUUCGGUUCAAGUAUGAUCAUCACAAAUUGUAACAGUAUACCCAACUGGUCGUGGAAUGAUUUUGAUUCAAUGGAAGAGAUGGAGUCAGUCUUCGAGACUCUUUAAUUAAGAUUAUGGCGAAUAUGUACGAGAAGGUCGUAGACGUCAUAUCAGCCGCCCCGACGGAUCGAGACGACAAGGAUAUUGACAUACUACUGCCGUGGUUUAAGCGCAAGGCGGAGCUUUUUACCUCCCUAGGAAAUGACGUCAUCAGGGAUAUUAUCAAGAACUGUGAAUUUCGUCGAUACAAGACGGAUGACGUCAUCAUAAGACAAGGCGACAAAGGACAUUGUUUCUUCGUGGUUCUGAACGGCUCAAUAUCGAUUUAUAUUGCCGCGGACGAGGAUGAACCCCCACCCGUAUCCAAUGACGACCCCGAUGCACCACGUGACCAGAGAGCCGAGCUUGGGACAUGUGUCAGAAUUCUGGGUCCAGGUACCAGCUUUGGGGAGUUGGCGUUGAUAGAAACCGGAAGCGUUCGGAAAGCUUCGGUGGUGGCCGACGAGCCUUCGGACUUCAUCGUCGUGAACCGGAAGCUGUACAGCAGAUCGCUGAAGUUCGCGCAGCAACGAGAUUUGGACGAGAAGACCGAUUUCGUCAACCGUCAUCCGCUAUUCAAGUUUUGGAAAGCUCGUCAUAAGUCGAUCCUCGCCAUGAGCCUGAAUCGCAAGAGGGCGCUUUUCGGCAAUCGACUUGUUCAGCAGGGAUCGUCGAUGUUGAAUUUGCUUUUCGUUUUGAAAGGGCAAGCAAAGGUGUCCAUCGCUCCGUGGAAGCAACCUAAUCGAAAACUGAUGAAAAGGGAGUUACCAAGGGCAACCAUUGAAACUAGCCAGGUACCAGCCAGCGAGUCCACGACUAGAGCAAAGAGCGCCCCCUACGACACGACAUUUGAUGUCUGUUCCAUUGGUCCAGGGGAUAUAAUUGGGGACAUAGAAAUAGCUUGCGACUUCACUGAGCAUGUGCAGACUGUCACGUGUCUGGAAGCUGUUGAGGCCUUUGAGCUCGAUAUGGACAACUUUCACAAGGUCGUGACCAAGAAAAACCCGGCGACUGUGGACCGAAUGCGACUGGAGGCCCAAAUGAAACUCGCUGCACGCGCCAUCAGAGCGCAAAAUCAAGGCUUGGUAUAUUUCUUGGAAUGUCUGCUGAAGAAAAUCGCGGUCGCUGAGGACGAGCCGAUGGUCCAGGAAGACAUGCGCAAUGACCUCUGGAUGACCCAGCGCGGACCAAUCAUCGACAGUCUUGGUCCGGGAUCACUGUACUAUCGCGCCACACGAUUGGAGGAAAAGUUACGGCGCAGGAGAGAACGGCGGGAACGGAAAGAAAAUGGCAGUGAGACGAACAUUUUGUCUCAAGAUCAACAACAGGACACCAAAGUUUCGAACGCCAAUCAUCAACAAAAUACUGCUUUCGAUGCAGACAGAGAACGUAAAGAGAAACAAACUUUGGAGUCCCGUAAACACAAAAGCUUUUUACCGGCGACCGUCCAGGUUAACGGAAUAUUGAACAACAGUGCUGAUUCCCAAGCAACAUCCGUUCGUGCUGUUCGAAACCCAGGGGAGGACACAACUCACAUCGAGCCCCUUUUACUACCACAGGCUAACUGGUCUGCAACGAGGCAAGAAACGCCCUUGGACGUGCAACAGCCGUCGCCAAAACUCGUCAUGUUUGUUAAUGUUAAGGACGAAUCAUGCCAUGAAAUGCGCGGUGGACGAUCACAUGCACCAGCUGUAAUACCGAGUUACCUACACCUCCACCAUCGCUACCUGAGUAGGAGACAGUCGACCGGGUCCGUGCUGUUAGAUCGAUGGGCGCGGUCCGCCCCAAACACGGCACCAGCUGCUGGUGGCGUGGCGGUCGGGCAAGACGGGUUCGCGGACCUACAAGCGCUACGGAGACAAUACAGCGCGGAUGAAUACAAGAGUCUCAAGGACAAAUUACGACUCCAGGAAAAGCGGCACGUCCGCUACCUCAGUUCACUCUGGUGACCAAGAGAAAAAAGUAGGCUCAAGUCAGCAAAGAGACCGCGGCCACACAAGAUUUCAAAGAAGAGAUUGGAAGUUGUCAGAUUUACGAGGAACUUGAACGGACACAUGAAGAUCUCGAAACGGAGUAUGCACAUCCCUGGCCGGCCCUAUGUGAUUGUUUUCCCGUUUUGCUGAAAGAACACUUAACUUUUUUGGUGAUCCGUGGACAUAGUGAUAGUCGUGUUUAAAAUUCGGUAACCUGAAAAUUACAUGAGUGAUUUGAAUUAUUCUUGUACUAAAAGAAAGCUUAUGAAUUGGGCUUUCAUAUCCUGGAUUUUGAAAGUGCUGCAUGCUGAACUUCAGUAAAACAAUGGUCCCAACAUUUAGUUUUCGGUUUUUUCCCCACUCAUCUUGUAUAGACUGCUGGGGGGGGAUGUAAAUAAAAUUCGAAAAUAAAUACGUCCGUUCCCAACUAUUUGUAAUUUAGAAAUGCCAACAUGUGUUUAAAUUAGUUUAGCAGCAACUCAGUUAACGUACACGCCCCACGCGUUAACCACACCCAAAGUGAGGCCAGAAAAAAAUGACACAAAAACAAUACGGAACAUCUAAACUGCAUUAAGAAACACCAUUACAGACCUACAGUUUAUUUAUUUAGUACAUUUCUUUACCCAGCGUGUGCCCAAAUUGGGGCCCUGCUUAUGCGUUACAAUGCAUGAGUUAUGACAUGUACUGGACCAUGGGAUAAAACUGCACAAGAACAGCCAGACCGCAUCAAACUAAUAUCAAUGACUCAAAGUUAGGAAAUGACACAAAUAGUACUAAACGGAGUUCCAUUUUUGUUUCGUAUAAUUUAUUUGUACAUUUUAUUUAAAUAAGUAUGAUUACAUUUAUUAUUAAACACAUCACAGCUAUAUAUAACUUAGCUUGAACGAAAUAAAACCUUAUAUAUGUACCGAGGAGUAAACUAAAGACUACUUGAAAUUAUGUCAACUUUACCUUCUAACAGAAACUAUCGAUUAUUGUGAAAAAGUUAUUAAUACUUUUCAAACAGUAACAUAUGUUUAAGCAC